AUCUACUCACUCACUUGUUGCAGCCCAUUAGUUUAUUUAUAAAAACCCUCUUUCCAACUUAAAUUUCUUCUGCCCUUUAGAUUUUUCAGAGUCCUUUCCUUUUCUCUAUUCUCUAUUCUCUAUUCUCUAUUCUCCGAACGAUUUGUUGAUGAUGGCGGCUGAAGUUAGCUCUCUGGUUAGGAUUAUGAACGCAGCUGGUGGUGGUGGGUUGAAUGAGUCAUCGUCUUCAUCAUCUUCAGGGAAUAAAUCAACGGUGUUGAUCACAAGGGACUUGCUCGGGGGUUGUCGUUCUCUUGAUUCGAAGGAAUUGGACCUCGACUUGCAGGUUCCUUCUGGUUGGGAAAAGCGCCUCGACUUGAAGUCAGGAAAAGUAUAUCUACAGAGGUGCAACUCUUCAAAUUCUUCGUCGACGACCUUGGAACAGAAGCAACAAAACCAUCAAACAGUUGGAAAUCUUCAAGACCUUAAUUUCCCUCCUGCAUCAAAGCAACCCCUCAACCUCUUCGAUGAACCCAACUUAGACCUUAAGCUGCUUCCUUCAUCAUCCACUUCACCAUCAUCAUCUAGUUAUCACAGUGUAUGCACCCUGGAAAAAGUGAAAUCAGCUCUGGAAAGAGCAGAGAAACAAACAACCCGGAAACGCUCAAUAUCAGUGUCAAUGUCAUCAUCUCCAACUUCGAAUUCCUCAUCCUCAAUCGUGGAUACGGAGAUUGAUCAAGAGAACUUAUGCCCUUCCCUUGCUGCUGGUUGCCCAAGUUGCCUUCUUUACGUGCUAAUAUCAAAGAAUGAUCCUAAAUGCCCUCGAUGCCAUACUGUCGUUCCAUUACCUGUGGCAAUGAAGAAGCCUCGGAUUGAUCUUAAUAUAUCCAUAUGAGAGUGAAGAAGCAAGAAAUCAUUUUGAUAUUUUUUGUAAAGAUAAAAGAUAUAGUCUUGUAAGUUAUAGAAUGGUAUAUACAUGUUUCAAAGGAUUGAUGUUCCUUCUUGGUAGUGUAGAAUAUAAAAUCACCAGAUCCUCUCUGGGCUUGCCUGCCUUUCCCCCUCAUUUAUGUUGAUUAAUACAUGCUUGAACAUUAUUCAA